UGAAGAAGUUGUCGAAGUAACGGUUGUUUUUUAUUUCUUUUAGGAUUAAUUAAGUUUCAUGUUACUGCUUUGUUUAUUGACAGGGGUUCAACGAAGGUGUUUUUGAACUUCAAGUGCCUUCAAUGUUAAUUUUUUUUUACGUUACAAGGGAGGAAUGAUGAACCAGAUACAGACCGGAUAUUAUGUAGCAGUUGCAGUAUUGGCAUCUGUGUGCUAUUUGAACUCGUUAGGUUGUGGGUUUGUUUUCGACGACGUGUCAGCAGUUAAAGACAAUCGGGACCUGAGACCCGAGACGCCUUUUGUCAACCUUUUUUGGAAUGACUUUUGGGGAACGCCUAUUCAUAAGGAGCAUAGCCAUAAGUCUUACAGACCCUUGUGUGUCCUAACAUUCCGGUUGAACUAUCUUAUAAGUGAGCUUGAGCCCUUUAGUUAUCAUUUGAUAAACAUCAUCCUUCAUGUCAUUGUUUGUCUUCUCUUCCUUGGGAUAACUCGUCGCUUCCUACCAGAGGGUGCUAGUUUUAUUGCAGCCAUCCUUUUUGCCAUCCAUCCUAUCCACACUGAAGCAGUGACAGGAGUAGUUGGGAGGGCAGAGAUCUUGUCUUCAGUGUUUUUCCUUCUUGCCUUUUCAUCCUACACUAAGGCAGCAGUGAGAGCUCAUCAAACAGAGUGGUCUCCAUUCCUUCACUGUAUACUUUUUGUGACAGCAGCAACACUGUGUAAGGAACAAGGAAUCACAGUUGUGGGAGUUUGUGGUAUAUAUGAAAUGUUUGUUGUUCAGAAGCUUAGACUUCAAGACCUUCUUUAUGUUAGAAAAAAUAUUGUUGCCUCAAAGGCUCAACCUCCACCAUGGUUUCGUGAAAUGGUGCUACGACUGGCAGUUUUAGUUCUUGGUGCACUUGGUCUGUUAUUUGGAAGAUUUCAAGUAAUGGGUGCCCAGCUACCAGUAUUUACCAGGUUUGACAACCCAGCAGCUGUAGCCACCACUCCUGCUCGGCAGUUAACCUAUAACUACCUUCUCUCUGUCAAUGCAUGGUUGCUUCUCUUUCCUUCCAGUUUGUGCUGUGAUUGGACCAUGGGAACAAUACCAUUAGUGGAGUCAUUCAUAGAUUUCCGUAACUUAGCUACAUUAGGUCUUUAUUUCUCUCUUAUACUGCUAGUGUGGAGUGUCUUUUCAUCAGAUGAUGGACAUGCUGAAGUUGUUAUCAUGGGUCUGGCCCUGCUGGUUUUACCAUUUCUUCCGGCUUCCAACUUAUUUUUUCCUGUAGGCUUUGUUGUGGCAGAACGAAUACUAUAUACACCAAGUAUGGGCCUAUGUCUGCUGGUUGCUUAUGGCUGGCAUAUUUUAAUAGAGAGAAUAAAGUGGAAACCCAUGCUCUGGAUCUUGUUGACUGUGCUUGUUUUAUCACAUAGUUUAAAAACUAUUGUUCGAAACUUUGACUGGAAAUCUGAAUAUACAUUAUUCAUGGCCGGAUUAAAAGUAAAUAAAGAAAAUGCCAAGCUAUACAAUAAUGUGGGUCAUGCUUUAGAAGGUGAAGGAAAUUACCAGGAAGCACUAGCAUAUUUCCUCGAGGCUGUUCGUGCCCAAGAUGAUGAUAUUGGAGCUCAUAUCAAUGUUGGAAGGACAUACAACAAUCUUCAAAUGUAUAAUGAGGCGGAGGAAUCCUUUCGGAAGGCAAAAGCUUUGCUUCCUCGGCCCAAGUCUGGAGAGCCAUAUAAAGCAAGAAUUGCUCCAAAUCACUUGAAUGUCUUUCUCAACCUUGCUAAUUUAAUCUCUCGAAAUAAGAGUCGUUUGGAAGAGGCUGAUGCUCUUUACAGACAAGCUAUCAGUAUGAGGGCAGAUUACAUCCAAGCAUAUAUUAACAGAGGUGACAUUCUAAUCAAGUUAAAUAGAACACAAGAAGCUCAGGAAGUGUAUGAAAGAGCCCUGCAGUUUGACAGCAGCAAUCCUGAUAUUUAUUAUAAUCUGGGAGUGGUGUAUCUCGAACAGAGAAAAGCUACUCAAGCUAUGGUCUAUUUUAACAAAGCUCUGGCGAUUGACCCAAACCAUGAGCAAGCCCUCAUGAACUCAGCUGUGUUGAUUCAAGAAAGUGGGAACACUAGACUACGACAUAUUGCUUAUGAAAGAUUACAGCAUCUCUUAGAGAAAGGAAAGACUAAUGAAAGAGUCUACUUCAACCUUGGGAUGUUGGCUAUGGAUGAGAAACAUACUGCCAAAGCUGAAAUAUGGUUUAAAAAAGCCAUUCAGAUAAGAGAAGAUUUUCGCAGUGCACUUUUCAAUCUUGCUCUUCUGCUUUCGGAUUCUCAACGUCCACUUGAAGCUGUGCCUUUCCUCAAACAAUUAUUGAAGCAUCAUCCUGACCAUGUGAAAGGAUUAAUCCUACUAGGAGACAUCUACAUUAAUCAUAUGAAAGAUCUGGAAGCAGCAGAGAAGUGUUACAUCAAGAUUCUUCAGAUGGAUCCCAACAAUGUCCAGGCUAAACACAACUUGUGUGUGGUAUAUGUGGAGCGUGGGCAACUUGCUUUGGGUGAACACUGUCUCCAGGAAGUUGCCAGUCUGGCUCCAAAAGAAGAAUAUGUUCAGCGCCAUCUACAAAUUGUACGUGCAAGGCUACAAAAAACUCGCACUGGAAAUAAUAAGGGCAGUGCCUCUGGAAGUAAAGUUGUAAAACCUAAAACAAAACAUCAAAAUACAGCACUCCCAGGAAACCUCAUUGAUACUGAAACAUAUCAUGAUGACAAAAAUCGUGUCACAUCCGAGCUUUGAAUUGUUCCUACACAUUUCUAUUGGUGCUGUAGUGUGACUCAGAUGUAAAUAAUAAAAUCAGUAAUAUAUAUAUAUAUAACAUCGAAGAAAGUUAGUUUUAUGAAAGAGUCUUUCCUCUGUAAGAGUUAUUUUAUGUAUAGAGAAGAAUCAAGAUAGCAGGUAUUGAUACAAUAUUUAAGUCUCACUUAAUUUCAUUCUCCUACCAUAUCAAUUGAAAACAGGAAAAGUGUUCAAACAAGAAUUGUCUGUAUAUUUCUACAAUGUUUAAUAUCUGAACAUACACAAUAAUUGUACUUGAACCAAAAACAGAAAGAUUUUUUUACUGUAAAGAUUUCACAUAUUGUUGAGUAUUUAAAUUUUGUUUUGUACACAAAAUUUGAAAAUUUAUUUUAAAUAAAAGUUGUAUGCAUGGGAAUAUAAUAGAAAAACACAGUUAAUGUAUGAAAGGUUGUGCUGGAUUAAGGGUUAGUCACAUUGUUUCUACACCUUAUGUUUACUGCUAUGAAAUGACUAAAUUAUGUGAUAGGUAUCAAAAAAAUGUUUGAACCUGUAGGAAAACGGUUGUGUUUAAGGUAAUAUGAACAUGCAUUUAUAAUAAACUGUAAUUCAUAAUAGGUAUAAUAAUAGAAGGAAAAGGUGUUAUUGUACUUUUUACCUUCGUGCAGGUACUUCUGUGUGCUUCCGGACAACUAAAUUUAAAGAUCUUUUUAAAAAUGAUCUUCAGGGUUUUCUGUAGAAAAUAUGUUUGUUUGGUUUUAAUCCAUAGGCUGGUCUUCUGUGGAGGACAUACAGAAUUCGUCAAGGAAUCUUUAAAACUAGUGAUUACUACUGGUCAAGUUAAUUAUACUAUAGUUCUUGCAACUAAGAUAUAACAAGCUUAUUACUUAAAACUACUAUUGUAUUACAGUAAUAGCAGUAAGUCAUUAAACUUUCCAGUGUUCAAUUGCAAGUCAGAAAAAUUCUUUGACAAAUGGAAGUUAUAAAAAUGUGAAAGUAAAUUCUGAUCAGAUUUUUUUUUUGUAAAUUUAUAAUAGAAUAUUCAUUGCAAAUUGUAAAGUAAUUUUUAGUCUGGUUAGCUGUGUGCUCUCAGGAAUUUGAGUAAAUAGUUAGAGUACUGUAUAGAACAUCUGUGUUAGAACACUAGAUUAGAACAGGUUCUGAGAGUUCAAUUCAUGUCUUAUUUCCAAAUCUUGAUCUUAACUACAGUUUACAAUAACAUGUUGUAUCUAUGGGGUUUGAGCCUGGAAAAGGCCAGGUCAGUCAAACAAUGCAUUGAGCCUCUAUGUCAUAGAUUCUAUUUUUCAGUGUUCUAAUAGAUGAAAUGUACUGUAACAUGCAUGUAAUAUUUGUUAUCUGUAAAACCAUCUUUAUUUGUUACAGGUUGAGGCGUUUUUCUUUAGUACUUACCUAGUCAUCUAUUACUUACUUUUUAUUUUUUGAUUCAUUUGAAAAUCAAUAGUCAUUUAUCUGGGAUUCAAAAAAAAAAGGUUAGUACCCAGCUGAUUAAUACAGCUAAGCUUCUUGCUAGUUUAGAAUUGUAUGCAGCAUAUUUAUGUAGUGUAAUCUAUAAUGAAUUUAAAGUAUUCUUUUUUCUGUUUAUAAUCAUUGGUCCUAUUUGUGUUUCUGUUUAUAAAAAAAUAUAUAUAUUACUCUCACUGUUUAUGGAAACAGAACAUUCUAAAUCAUGGUGGCUUUCAACAUUUGUUUGUAAAACAAGAUGUUGGUUCCAACUUUUGAUAUAAAAAUUAACCUAGUAGUAAGUGUUCAAUUAUGUAUUUCCUACAUUAGUUUUUUCUUAACCCAGUUCACCCAUUAUUUUAGUCCUCUCACCUAUAUAUAUAGAUGCUUCUAAUCCCCUUAUCAUUCAUAACUUAGCACUUGUAUUUGCAAUUAUAUUCUUAGAUUUUUCAACCUUGAACGUGCCUAGGAAUUCUUUUUCCUGUGAUUAGUUAAAAGGCAGGUCAGCUUUCACAGUGAUAAAAUUGUAUCAGAAAGUAUUUAAGUCAAUUAUAAAAGACAUUUUACAGCUAUAAGAAAAGGUUUCUAAUAUGUUUGUAUAAUAUUUGAAAAAUGUGUGUGUGUGUAAUUUAUUUCCUGAAAAACAUUAUAAAUUAUCUUUGGAUUAAUAUUGUUUGUUCUUUGUUGUAGAACUUGGAAAACUAGAAAUUAAACAUGUACAUGAAUUUACAUUUAUGAUUUAUAAUUUCUCUUUGUUUUCUAAUUGAAAGGGGUUUUAAAUUAAUGAAUGGUGAACAAUUUAGAUUUGUUGCUGUAUAGUAAUUUUACAAUAUGAUUGUUUUUUGUUUCUUUUUUUUUUUGUAAACAAGUAUUUCCAUUUAUAAAAUGUAACUUAUGAAUAUUGUUUUUAUCAUGCUUCUGGAAAAACCUAGUUAAGAAAUAUUACUUAUUUGCCUGUAACUUGAUGUUGAGUAGAAAUUUUCAUCUCAUUAUGGUAAUACAAAAAAACACAAAAAGAAACAACUCAGCUUUGAUAAUAUAGGACUAAAACUUUAACAAACAACUCAGCUUUGAUAAUAUAGGACUAAUACCUUAACAAACAACUCAGCUUUGAUAAUAUAGGACUAAUACCUUAACAGACAACUCAGUUUUGAUAAUAUAGGACUAAUACCUUAACAAACAACUCAGUUUUGAUAAUAUAGGACUAAUACCUUAACAGACAACUUGGCUUUGAUAAUAUAGGACUAAAACCUUAACAAACAACUCAGCUUUGAUAAUAUAGGACUAAUACCUUAACAGACAACUCAGCUUUGAUAAUAUAGGACUAAUACCUUAACAGACAACUCAGCUUUGAUAAUAUAGGACUAAAAACCUUAAUAGACAACUCAGCUUUGAUAAUAUAGGACUAAAACCUUAACAGACAACUCAGCUUUGAUAAUAUAGGACUAAAACCUUAACAGACAACUCAGCUUUGAUAACAUAGGACUAAAACCUUAACAGACAACUCGGCUUCGAUGAUAUAGGACUAAAACCUUAACAGACAACUCGGCUUCGAUGAUAUAGGACUAAAACCUUAACAGACAACUCGGCUUUGAUGAUAUAGGACUAAAACCUUAACAGACAACUCGGCUUUGAUGAUAUAGGACUAAAACCUUAACAGACAACUCGGCUUUGAUAAUAUAGGACUAAAACCUUAACAGACAAGUCAGUUUUGGUAAUAUAGGACUAAAACCUUGUAAAGUACUUUGCACCCAGUUAACAUUUUAAGACUUAAAACAAUUCUAGUCUAAAAUCAUUUUUAAACCAUUACAAUCUAUUGACAAGAAGAUUCUUCCAAACGUUCAGAAGUUGUGUUCCUCAACCUCUGUUUUGUAAAGUAAGGGUUUUUUGAAAACAGUUCUCUGAUUAUACUUCAUAUGAUCACAGUUUCAUAAUAUGUUACUUCUAAAACUGAAUUUUUAAGCCUUGAAUAUUUAAUUUAGUCGACAGAAAGUUUGGUACAGUCCCAGACAUUUCUGUAGUCUUGAAAUAUCUGAGGCUGGCAUUGUUCAAGUAAUAAUGCUAACAGGUUCUACAUCAAAAAAAAGAUAUAACAUUUUAUUUUAUUUUAUAGGUGUAACAUCUGCCUAAUUUUGUGAGACAGUAAAAAAAUCAUUUAAUUACUUCUUAAGCUUAUGUGUGGACUUUGUUUAUCUGAGCUGUUAUACUUUUAGGAAAUGGUAACAAAUAAGUAAUUUAUUUAUAACAAAGGUUUUAAAAACAGUUUAUUUUCUAUUAUUACAGAAUUUUUUAAAGUCAAAAUUGACCAUUCUAGUUGUGAAUUUUUAUAGCAUAUUCAAUUUAAUAUGCCCAUCUUGUAUUAUAUGAAAACAGGAAGAUCCCGUUUGUCAAUGUAACUGGGACCAGAUCUGUAGUUCGUGUCCCCUGAAUUGAAUAUAGAGAUUAUAUAAUCUGAAAAGAAAACUUGUGUAAAUAUAUUGGUCAGUCGGUUUUGCAUAUUUGAAACUUUGUAUGUUUUUUUUUGUGCCAAAUGGGUAAAUAAAAGUUAUUUUUUAAUAUCUGUAA